AUGACUGGUAUUAACUUGCACAGUAGGCAGGGCACCACGGAGGACGACGGGGCCGAUCAGAUUGGAUCUGAUACCCCGAGGUCCGGUGUCGCUACGCCUCAGCCAGAUCCCCAGGAUAAACGGCUGCCCGGUAUCAUGAGCUAUUUUGGCCAGGUUCGUUCAAAGUCUCUGAGUUUCUUUCACAACACCUCGUCGUCUUCUCCCCAAGCACGAGAAUCCGAGAAUGCUCGCCCAGCAUCGCCCCGAGAAGAGAAGGAAGCCAGCACGUCACCAAAGUCGUUGCCUACACCCGAUGAGCAAAACUCCACUUCCGAGGGCAUGCCUCUCCUGCCACAUGAGAAGAGCACACCCCCGAAAGAGUCGGAAUCAUCGCAACCUCAGAAUGAUCCAUACCCUACACCUCCUUGUUCGCAGACACCAUCGGAAAGAGGGCUCAAACUGAGCGAUGCGAGCGGCGAUGGCGCGGAUCUUGCACGAAGAACCUCUCUGUCCCAGGCUUUCAAGCACGGGCAAAGCCCUUCAGAGGUUCAGCAGUCUCGACGCGCUAGCGUAGCAUCUCCUCUUACAAACGUGGUCACUGCCACAAGUGCUGUUGGCCAGUUGUCUGUUCCCGAUGCAAGCUCUGCUUCCAAUACUUCACCACCAACCACUAUUGCGCAAACCCCAUCGGAAGCCCCUGGCAGUUAUUUCCCUGCUUCAGUUGAUCGGCUCAAGAAGCUAACACUUGAUGGAACCGAAAAGAGCGGCCCCCCGACUCCUACUCGAGCGCUCUCAUCUACGCAGACUUCGCAGACCGAUGGCAAGAGUUCUUCGAGACAGAACAGUGAUAAUGCCGAAUCCACCGCCAGCGGUGUCAUGACUCCGAUCUCGGCUCAAACUGGUGGCGCAAAGGCUCCAAACUUCAAGGGAAAGCUUACUAUCAAGAUUCUCGAAGCCAGGAACCUUCGCCGAAGCCGCGACCCUUACGUUGUAGCUGUGUUUCAACGCAGCGAGCUUAUCUCUGGAGGACCAAGAACGUUUCAAGAUGAGGACGAAUUGGAUGUGCCACCGCCAGGGGCUGGUGGAAUCCCAAUCCAGCGGCAGGGAAGCGAGUCAGGCCGCUCCAUGGCGAUCCCGAUGAGGAGCCGCCAGAGCAGCAACACCAGCAUGGGUGACUAUGGCUCUUACCGCAACCGACCGAAACGUACUUUCUCCUGUCCUAAGUGGGACGCCGAGGCUGUCUUUGAUGUUGUGGAAUCGGACAUGCUUGUGGAUAUUUCUGUUUAUGAUCAUGGGCCCAAUGGGGAGGAACUCCUUGGACAUGUGGACAUCCAGGCCCAACAGUCCUCAUCUGAUGAUUCCGUUCGAGGCUGGUAUCCUUUGAAGGGAAAUGUCGACACCAGCGCCGAACAUGCACCCACGGGUGAGAUCUACGUCGAGGUCAUCUACCACGGAAAUGAGAAGAGGCACUAUGGGCCAGACGACUUCCAAAUUCUGCGGCUCAUCGGCAAGGGUACUUUUGGCCAAGUUUACCAAGUGCGGAAGAAGGAUACCGGGCGUAUAUACGCGAUGAAGGUUCUGUCCAAGAAGGUCAUUGUUCAAAAGAAAGAGGUCGCCCACACUGUCGGCGAAAGGAAUAUCCUGGUCCGAACAGCUACAUCGGAGUCUCCCUUCAUUGUUGGACUCAAGUUCUCUUUCCAGACACAGCAAGACCUGUUCCUGGUGACAGAUUACAUGUCUGGUGGAGAGCUGUUCUGGCAUCUGCAAAAGGAGGGUCGGUUCGAUGAGAAGCGGGCCAAGUUUUACAUUGCGGAGUUGAUCUUGGCGAUACAACAUCUUCACUUCAACGACAUUGUGUAUCGUGAUUUGAAGCCGGAAAACAUUUUGCUUGAUGCAAAUGGUCACAUUGCACUCUGCGACUUUGGAUUGUCAAAGGCGAACUUGACCAAGAACGACACGACCAACACCUUUUGCGGUACAACCGAGUACCUUGCACCCGAAGUGCUGCUCGAUGAAGCUGGCUAUACGAAGAUGGUCGAUUUCUGGUCGUUGGGUGUACUGGUCUUUGAGAUGUGCUGUGGCUGGAGUCCUUUCUACGCCGAGGACACUCAACAGAUGUACAAGAACAUUGCUUUUGGCAAGGUCCGCUUUCCCAGAGACACCUUGUCGCAAGAAGGUCGCAACUUUGUCAAGGGUCUUCUGAACCGCAACCCCAAGCACCGUCUUGGUGCUAUUGAUGACGCGGAAGAGCUGAAGCGUCACCCGUUCUUUGCGGAUGUGGACUGGGAUGCUUUGUCUAAAAAGCUCAUCACCCCACCCUUCAAGCCUAAGCUAUUGUCCGACACGGACGUUUCUUAUUUCGACCCAGAGUUCACAAAUGCUCUGAACCAGAAUGGAUCUUUGAAUGAGCGGGCUCAGCAACUUGCGACCGGCUUCGCCAACUCGACGCCGCUGUCGCCCACUGUACAGGCCAAUUUCCAGGGCUUCACUUUCGUGGACGAGAGUUCGCUCGACGACCACAUGGCUGAUCGGUACGAUGACGAGGAAAUGCGGGAUGCCCGCCGGGACAACGACUGGGAUGAACUUGAUGAUAUUGAUCUUCGAAAAGCCAACAACAGGAUGAGUGGCAUUGUUCGGACGGGUGCGAACGAUGAGCCUUUCAACUCACAAUUCGACAUGUAA